GCGUUGGAGGGGCCGGGCCGCUGCCGGAGUCGCCGCGGCUGUCGCGUGACGUGGCACAGCAGGAACCUUAAGGCCAAACCCGGAGCUGCCGAGCCAGUCGCCCAUUUGCCGGGAGCGUGAAGAGAGAAGGCCUGGGGACGCCCCAAACCCCUUCUGCCCAUCGCAAGUGCCACUACCGCCAUGGGCCUCACCAUCUCCUCUCUCUUCUCCCGCCUCUUUGGCAAGAAGCAGAUGCGCAUUUUGAUGGUUGGAUUGGAUGCUGCUGGCAAGACAACAAUUCUGUAUAAACUGAAGUUGGGGGAGAUAGUUACCACCAUUCCUACCAUUGGUUUUAAUGUGGAAACAGUAGAAUAUAAGAACAUUUGUUUCACAGUAUGGGAUGUUGGUGGUCAAGAUAAAAUUAGGCCUCUCUGGAGGCAUUACUUCCAGAAUACCCAGGGUCUUAUUUUUGUGGUAGAUAGCAAUGAUCGUGAAAGAAUUCAGGAAGGAGCAGAAGAGCUGCAGAAAAUGCUUCAGGAAGACGAAUUGAAAGAUGCAGUGCUGCUGCUUUUUGCAAACAAACAGGAUUUGCCAAAUGCCAUGGCCAUCAGCGAAAUGACAGAUAAACUAGGUCUUCAGUCUCUUCGUAACAGAACAUGGUAUGUUCAAGCCACUUGUGCUACACAAGGAACUGGUCUGUAUGAGGGACUUGACUGGCUGUCAAAUGAGCUUUCAAAACGUUAAAUGAAACUGGAUAUCUAACCAAGGACAUGUUUAAUAGAAUCGGUCUAGGCUUGUUACAACAAAAUUAGUUUGCAUCUUGGUUAUUAAACAAUAUCUGGGACUGGUUUGGGCAGAAUAUUACAGCGUUUAAACUUAUUUUGUUGCCAAUUAUUGUUUACCAAGUAUAAUGUUGCUAUUUAGCAAUAUGCUUGGUUUUAAAGAAAUUCUCCUUGGGAAAAAAGUGUCCUCUUUUAAUUUUACCUCCCUUUAGCCUAAACGCCUGGACAUAGCCAUUGUGAAAGCUCUAAAGAAAUCCGUUUUGAAUGUUUUUUGAGCCCACAACAAAUAAUGUUUUAAAGAUAUCCCCUUGCUACUUUACUGAUACCUUUAUCAUUCCUGGGACAGUCUGCUGAUUUAAAAAUGUAGCAUUCCAUUUGUAUUUAUUUCUCUCCCUUGCCAAAAAGAUUUUCUAAUACUGCUUGUACCAGCCAGGGAAAUGCUCCAAAACACUAUUCAGCUCUCUUGCACUGAGAAACUUACUUUUUUUCCCAUAUUGACUCCUGGCCUCCAUCAGCCAAACUUACCUUUGUAGUUUGGAUUUGAUAGCUAAUUAGUUCUGUGCUGGUUGCAAAGAGUUCAUAUUGAGAUGAUUUUUAAUACUCAGCAGAUUGUCUUCCUUUAUAUUGUAUCUUUUUUAUGUUGCAUGUUGCUUUUGGUAUCACCCUGACUCUUUGCCCAGUAUAUGAUAAUUCUGAUGAUGUUUUAUUGUUUAUUGGUGAACAUAUCUUCAUUAAGAGUUUUUGGAAAACUCAUCAAAUUCAGUGAAUACAUUUUCUUCAUAACCCAUUUGGAAUUAUUCCUAAUAAAAUGAUAAAA